AAUUUAAAUACAGCUGAAGGGAACCUCAACAGCCACAAGGGGGCAGCAAAUGUGUCUUUGUUUUUUAGAAUUACCGCUCAGAAGAAGCGCCCGUGCUGCUUCUGUACAAAGAGCUGUCUCUCACACGCCUGGAAACAUAAUUAUAGUAUUUAUAGAUCGUAAAUGCUUCCAUAAUCAAAACUGACAUUAGAAACACCGCUUUUUCUUGUGCAUUUUAACAAGCGGACACGCCCCGCCGGAGCUCUUCGUCCGCUUCAGAUUUCGCACUAAAGGCUAAAUAUACGAUUAGCAUCUGCAGCCAUGGACCAGAGCACAGCUUGUACGCAUUAUGUGAAACAGGAGUCUGAUGGUGAAGAUUCUGGAGGCAAAGUUCACUACAUUGAGGUUUCACUAGAUGAUGAAGAAGUACCCUUCAAAAGGAAAUCUGAUGUGAAGUCUCAUGCCUGCGCUGUGUGUGGCAAGUUAUUUAGUAAACCAUCAAAAAGAGCCAGGCAUGAAGUUAUACAUAAUAAGCCAAAGAAGACGGUCUUCGAAUGCCAAUACUGUGAUAAGUCUUUCAAAACAGAAGACAUGCUCAAGCGCCACGAGAUUAGACACACCAAGACUAAAGCACACCCUUGUCCAGACUGUACAAAAGUAUUUGACAGGCCUUCAAAGUUGGAACGCCACAGGACAGUUCAUCUAAAGGAACCAAAGAAGCCUCAUCAGUGUUCAUUCUGCUCCAAAACAUUUGGUAAACUCCACAAACUUGAGCGCCAUGAGCGUGUGCAUACUGGAGAGAGACCGUUCACCUGUUCUGUCUGUGGUCAAUCCUUCUCUGACUCAAACAGGUGCAAAACUCAUGAAAGAAAUCACGUUGCACUGCCAGAUAAACCUCACAAAUGUGACCUCUGUGACAAGGCGUUUAUCGAGGCAAAAGAUUUGCGUCGCCAUUUGCGAACUCACACAGGAGAGAAGCCGUAUGAAUGCAUUGAGUGUGAAAAAUGUUUCUCGCGCUCAGAAACACUCAAAGCACACAUGAUGACCCACACAGGCCAGCGGCCAUUCACAUGCAACAUCUGCCAAAGGGGAUUUGGCUCCUCUUCGCAGUUAAGAGCUCACAAUUUAACCCACUCUGGAGAAAAGCCCCAUGCGUGCCCUGAGUGUGGCAAAGAAUUCACUCAAGCUGGCAACAUGAAAGUACACCUGCGAACUGUCCAUGCAAAGAAAAAUAUAAGCAGUCUGUCAUGAGUGUGGGACAAGAAGAGGACAGUAGAAACAUAACGUUUGCCAACCAUUUCAACUUUUUUUUACAUAUAUGACACAAGAGUGAUGUGAAACAUUUUCAACUUCAACAAUAUGUAACAAAGUAUGGUUCAUAUUACUGUUCUUGUUUUCUUGUAUGUGCCUAGACAAAAAAACAACACUGAAUUAUCUAAUUUCUGAAUAUUCUAAAUGUAUAUCUAUGAUGAUGUUUAUGACAUACCCAUGUGAUGAUAUGUCAUAAAAAAUGUAUUAUUACAAUUGCAUAAAGUUUUUAUACUUUUAUGUAUCCUAUUAUACAGUAUGUGAUCUAAAGCAGACAUGUCAGACUCAAGCCUGGGGGCCAAAUGUGGCCCAGGAUAUAAUUAUAUUUGGCCUGCGAGAUCAUAUCAAAUAUGUAUUAGAGUUGGCCCGCUGGCUACAGAUAGGCUGUGGAGACCUUAUUUAUUCAUAAUUUUGUUAUUAUUUUAUAGUAUGCUUUUUCUGGAUUCAGUGUUUAAGCAAAACCGUUAUUAAACAUUUAUUUUAAUAAGAAAAGGUUUACCAUUACAUAUCUCAAAAGAAGAGAAAACAUGCAGAUGUCGUUGAAAUUUUUCAAUAAAUAUUUAGUUUGGCCCA